AUGGGGGGCAGCACUCAGCUUGAGGACCUGGUCACAUGUCAACCGCACCAUCACGGGAGGUCCCUGCAGUCAGACCUGUAUGCAGGCGCUUGGGAGUGCUUCACCCUCCUCUAGGUGCCCCUCGCUCGGUCCGAAAGUGUGGGGACUCAGCCUGGGGCCCAAGUGACCGCCGGCUGUCCCAGAGUGCAUCGGGGCCUGAGCCUAGGGGCCCAGCUCUGGCCACCGUCCUGUCGCUGCACCGCCCCCUCCCCGAGUGCAUACCUUGCCCACAGCCGAGCAGCUGGGAAGCUAUUUAUAAAGGCGGGUGAGAUCAGCGGCCAAGGCUAUAAAUGUGCAGGCCACCACAGGGCCCCACAGGAGCUGCUUCCCCGGGGCGCCGGAGCUGUGGGCCGAGGCCGGGAUGAGCGCCAGCACAGGGGGCAGUGGUGGUGCUGACAGUGGCGGCAGCAGCAGCAGCUCGCAGACCUCCUGCGGGCCUGAGUCCUCAGGCUCCGAGUUGGCCCCAGCCAUGCCAGCGCCACAGAUGCUGCCGGGGCUGCUGGGCUCUGACAACGAGGAACAGGAAGACCCCAAGGACUACUGCAAGGGUGGCUACUACCCAGUGAAGAUCGGUGACCUGUUCAAUGGGCGCUACCACGUGGUGCGCAAGUUGGGCUGGGGCCACUUCUCCACCGUGUGGCUCUGUUGGGACAUCCAGCGCAAGCGCUUCGUGGCCCUGAAAGUGGUGAAGAGUGCAGGGCAUUACACAGAGACAGCUGUGGAUGAGAUCAAGCUCCUGAAAUGUGUUCGGGACAGCGACCCCAGUGACCCCAAAAGGGAGACCAUCGUUCAGCUCAUAGAUGACUUCCGGAUCUCAGGGGUCAAUGGAGUCCACGUGUGCAUGGUGCUGGAGGUCCUGGGCCACCAGCUCCUCAAGUGGAUCAUCAAGUCCAACUACCAAGGCCUGCCUGUGCCCUGCGUGAAGAGCAUCGUGAGGCAGGUGCUGCAUGGCCUAGACUACCUGCACACCAAGUGCAAGAUCAUCCACACGGACAUCAAGCCCGAGAACAUCCUGCUGUGCGUGGGCGACACCUACAUCAGACGCCUGGCAACUGAAGCCACUGAGUGGCAGCAGUCAGGGGCCCCGCCACCAUCCCGCUCCACAGUCAGCACUGCCCCCCAGGAGGUCCUGACUGGCAAACUGUCAAAAAACAAGCGGAAGAAGAUGAGGCGCAAACGGAAGCAGCAGAAGCGGCUGCUGGAGGAGCGGCUGCGGGACCUGCAGCGGCUGGAGGCCAUGGAGGCCACAGGCCAGGCCGACGACUCCAGCUUGACACUCGAGGCGGGCAGCGGCUCCACCUCCUCCUCAGGCUGCCACCCUGGGGGCGCCCUGGUCAACACCUCCCCGGCCUCCUCCUCCCCUGCUCUUGGAGGCCACCGCAGCCUCAGCCCUAGCUCGCAGACUUCAGGCUUCUCAGGCUCUCUGUUCUCCGCGGCCUCCUGCUCCAUCCUUUCGGGCUCAUCCAACCAGCGCGAGACUGGGGGCCUCCUGUCACCCAGCGCACCCUUUGGUGCCUCGAACCUCCUAGUAAACCCCCUGGAGCCCCAGAAUGCAGAUAAGAUCAAGGUCAAGAUCGCAGACCUGGGCAACGCCUGCUGGGUGCACAAGCACUUCACGGAGGACAUCCAGACACGGCAGUACCGAGCUGUGGAGGUGCUGAUCGGCGCUGAGUAUGGGCCACCAGCAGACAUCUGGAGCACGGCCUGCAUGGCCUUCGAGCUGGCCACUGGUGACUACCUGUUUGAGCCCCACUCUGGAGAAGACUACAGCCGUGACGAGGACCACAUUGCGCACAUCGUGGAGCUCCUGGGUGAUAUCCCCCCUGCCUUCGCCCUCUCUGGACGCUAUUCCCGGGAGUUCUUCAAUAGGAGAGGUGGGGAGAGCUGCGGCACAUCCACAACCUCAAGCACUGGGGCCUAUACGAGGUGCUCAUGGAGAAGUACGAGUGGCCGCUGGAGCAGGCCACGCAGUUCAGCGCCUUCCUGCUGCCCAUGAUGGAGUACCUUCCUGAGAAGCGCGCCAGCGCUUCCGACUGCCUGCAGCACCCAUGGCUCAACCCCUAGUCCCACUGCCCUGCCUGUGGGCACGGUGCCCUCCCCGCCUGGGGCAGCUUCCUCAGCCACAGCAAUGGCAGGCGUGCGUGUUUCUUAAUAAAGUGUGCACUGAACACUG